CGGCGUGUGAGCCGCCGCGCGGAAGGAGCCGCUCCGCCUCUGACAGAGACGCGCCCCCUCCUCCCCUCCCCACCGCCCGCCCGCCCUCACCUCGAGCUGGCGCUACCAGCCCGCUCUGCCGCCGGCGCCUCGCCCGUUCGCCACUGCGCCCCGCUGCUGUCCCCCUGGCGCCUGGCCCCGCCGAGGGGCAGGUGGCCAGCCCAGCCCUCUCCCCCGCUGCGGCUGCUGCGUCUCUCGUUCCCCGCUGCAGGGAAGUCGCAGCGGCGAUUGCCAAGCGGGAGGAGAGGACGGGAGAGGAGUGGAGCCGCCGGCGGCUCGGGCAACGCGCUGCGUCUGGGUCUCCGGGGAUGGACUGGGCUUCGUCCUGCGCCUCAGCCUGCCCGUGGAGAGGAGGGCGGUAAUCGUCCGCCCAGCCCGCCAGGGAGGAGAGGCACCCCGGUUAAAUGUCACGGCUCCCCGUCCGCUCCCCGCUCCACCCCGCGCAUCGCUCACCUCGGGAGGGGGCUGUGAAGGUGGCGGCAGAGGCAGCCUCGGCUGCGGCGCACCCCACUGCUGCUCGCCGUGAGGGAGCGCCCCGGCAGCCGCCAGUAAGUGAGCUGUGGAGCUGGAAAACUUGGCAGAAAACUCUUUUGUCUUUCCUGCUUGUAUCUAUGGAACCUGGUUUGCAAGGUUGAUAUUAAGAUAGUCUGAAGGAGGGAAGUAGUGGAAGACUCACCACAAUUCUGAAAAAUGAGCAGUGUCAACCUGGUGCUGUGAUUGUCUCCAGGACUUGGACCCUCUAAGUCUUAAGGUCUGUUUCAAGCAUUAUGAGUGUGGUGCCAUGAGAGAUGCUGUUGUGCAUGAGAGGCUGGGAUUAUUAUGAUCAAGUGCUGUAUUUUGACUUCACCCAGUGGCUAAAAGAUUUGUGGAGUGAAGAAGAAGUGUUGGACUUUUAAGAGAAUUAAACAGGCCCGUGACGGAGGGUUAGCCCAGAUCAGUGGAGUCAUGCGUCACACAGCUCUAUCAUGCUGGCAGCUGUUCCUGGGUCUGGCUGUGCUGCUUGUCUUCACAAGCCCCACUGCGGGCUGCCCAGCCCGCUGUGAAUGCUCAGCACAGAACAAGUCUGUCAGCUGUCACCGAAGACGUCUGAUGUCCAUCCCAGAAGGCAUCCCCAUUGAGACCAAAAUCUUGGACCUCAGCAAGAACCGACUGAAAAGCGUUAACCCUGAGGAAUUCACAUCAUACCCGUUGCUGGAGGAGAUUGACCUCAGCGACAAUAUUGUCUCCAAUGUUGAGCCUGGAGCUUUUAACAAUCUCUUCAACUUGCGCUCCUUGAGGCUGAAAGGAAACCGUCUGAAGCUGGUUCCCCUUGGGGUGUUCACUGGGUUGUCAAACUUAACAAAGCUUGAUAUAAGUGAAAACAAGAUUGUCAUUUUGCUGGACUACAUGUUUCAAGAUCUACAUAACCUAAAAUCCCUGGAGGUUGGGGACAAUGAUUUGGUGUAUAUAUCACACAGGGCCUUCAGUGGGCUGCUUAGCCUGGAGCAGCUCACCCUGGAGAGAUGCAACCUCACAGCCGUACCAACAGAAGCUCUUUCUCACCUCCACAACCUCAUCAGCCUGCAUUUGAAACAGCUCAACAUUAAUGCUUUGCCAGCGUACGCCUUUAAAAGACUGUUUCGCCUGAAGGACCUGCAGAUAGAGGCCUGGCCCCUCCUGGACAUGCUGCCUGCCAACAGUCUGUACGGUCUCAACCUGACUUCUCUAUCCAUCACAAACACCAACCUGUCUGCAGUACCUUACUCUGCUUUUAAACAUCUGGUUUACCUGACACAUCUCAACCUCUCUUACAACCCCAUCAGCACCAUCGAGGCAGGCAUGCUGUCGGAUUUAGUGCGCCUGCAGGAGCUCCACAUGGUGGGGGCACAGCUGCGAACCAUUGAACCACAUGCUUUCCAAGGGCUCAGAUUCUUACGUGUGCUUAACGUGUCCCAAAACCUGUUAGAAACCCUAGAAGAGAAUGUAUUCCAUUCCUCCAAAAGCCUGGAGGUCCUCUGCAUUAACAACAACCCUCUGGCCUGUGACUGUCGUCUUCUUUGGAUUUUGCAGCGGCAGCCCACCUUGCAGUUUGGUGGCGAGCCACCAAUGUGUGCUGGCCCAGACAGUGUCAGAGAGAGGUCAUUCAGAGACUUCCACAGCACAGCUCUCUCCUUUUAUUUCACCUGUAAGAAGCCCAAGAUACAAGACAAGAAGUUGCAGUACCUGGUAGUGGAGGAAGGACAGACCGUGCAGCUGAUGUGCAAUGCUGAUGGGGACCCACAGCCUACCAUCUCCUGGGUUACUCCACGCAGGAGGCUGAUCACAACUAAAUCAAAUGGUAGAGCCACUGUGCUGGGAGAUGGCACUCUGGAGAUCCGAUUUGCCCAAGACCAGGACACUGGGAUCUAUGUCUGUAUUGCAAGUAACGCAGCUGGGAAUGACACCUACUCGGCCUCCCUGACAGUAAAGGGGUUUACUUCAGACCGUUUCCUUUAUGCCAACAGGACCCCUAUGUAUAUGACGGACUCCAACGACACAAGUUCUAACGGAACUAAUGCAAACAGCUACUCUCUGGACCUUAAGACAAUAUUGGUGUCCACAGCUAUGGGCUGUUUCACAUUCCUUGGAGUGGUUUUAUUUUGUUUCCUUCUUCUUUUUGUGUGGAGCCGAGGGAAAGGCAAACACAAAACCAGCAUUGACCUUGAAUAUGUCCCUCGCAAAAACAAUGGUGCUGUGGUUGAAGGGGAGGUUUCUGGACCACGAAGGUUCAAUAUGAAAAUGAUUUGAUGGUAUUCUGCUAGCAGUGCUUUUUCUGUGGCAUUAAAACCAAUUAAAACAGCCUGGCAUGUGGAAUUGCUAGGCAGAAGCAGCUUAAUGCAGCUGUCAGUGUAUCAAAAGGUUAUAUGAAAAUGGAAAGACUAUUUGUGGUUAUACAACAGAGCCUCCAGACCUUGAGGCAGAUGUGUCAGGGCCUUUCAUAGAACUGGGAAAUUGUACUAACUGUUUGCAUUGCAAAUAUUGGCAUUCUGGGGAUAUCAGCAAUGAACCACUGGCUCAUGCUCAUGGACAAUUGUUCAACAUUUUCUACUGCUACAAAAGGAAAAGAAAAAAACCUACAGUGUAGGAUUUACAUACUUAAAGAAAAAGACACAUUUGUCUAAACCACACUCUACAAUGAAAUUUGUAUCCAUAUAUCUCAUUUGGUAAAACUUUGCAUCCUCCCUUCUAGUUGGUUCAACACAAAAAAAAAAAAAAUUGGUAGCUUUUUUUUUAAAUCUACAUCUAUACUGUGUACAUUUUGAAGCAAUACAAAUGAGAGGUUGUAAUUUUAGAUAUCCACCAAUACUGACCCAAGUGUGAUGUCACCCAUCUUUUAACUACCAUAAAAACCCAAAUUAGAUCCUUGUAGUUACUAAUUAGAAAUAAUAUAAAGAUAUUUUUCUCCUCAUGUAGAAGGCCAGAGCUGAAUAGUUGAGAGCAAAACCGCUCAACUCUGUUGAUCUACUCUUCAUAUAAAUAUAAGGCAUGUGCCUAGUUUUGAUACAGAAUGGAAUAUUUUUUAUAUCUGUGAUAUCACACUGGACCAGUUUACUGUAAUACAGCCCUGGCUCUCACACAGGGAAGGCAACCCACUAGUCAAUGCUGGCAUGGAGGAGUUGAGUUCUACCUUGAAGAGAGAGAAUCAGUUUUGUUAGCCCUGAUAUUAAUUUCAAAGCUACUGUUAAAAUGUUAAUGUGUACUGGGCCAAAUAAAGAGCAUAAUACAUUCUGCAGACUCCUUGGGAAAUAUGGUCAUCUUACUCUUUUUACAAGUGAAUUGAAACAUAUAAACACUGCUACUAGGAAUGAACUCUUCUCCAAUGCCAAGUAAACUACAGUUGUUCAUGCAUAAUAUGGGGAUUUAUAAUACUAAAAUAGUGUUUAAAACAUGAUAGCCUCAAAAAGGCUGACAUACUGCCAGAUAUAAUGAACCUCUAGCCACUGUCAUUCUCAUCUUGUAUAUUUGUAGAUAACACAAAGCUAAUUUCCAAGAACUGAUUCCUUAGCUAUUCUUGAUGCCAUUUUAAUAACAAUGUGGUUAUGUUUCUUUCAGGGGCAGUAUCUUAGAGCAAGAGGGGCAAGUUUUUCCAGAUUUUAGGAAUCUUUUUAAAUGUAAAGAAGACAGAAGUGGAACAUUAGUUCAGUACAAGUAACCUUUUGUUUGUUUUAUGUUUCCAAAGAAAUCUUCAAAAGACAGAGAAGUGAAAUUUUAUUCUUUAUCAUAAAUACCAUGAUUUUAUUUUUAAAUCCUCAGCAAUUGCAAGAUGCAAAGUUGUUCAGCCACCUCUCAAGUUUUCCACCAGUUAUGAGCCAUAGGUUUGUCAUACAUGGUUGAUAGCAAAUACCAUUUUUAAAUGAUUGGCAUAAUCUGGAGAAAAGAUGACAAUUAGUAUAUCUAUGUUUAGCCAAGACAAAUAUGAAAUAUUAUAAGACAGAACCUUCAGAUUAAUGUGAUUUAAGAGCCUGUGUUCAAUCUUAGUACUAGAUUUCGGCAUUUUGAAACCAAAGUCAGGCUGGCAUAUGAUAGGAUGCAAGUGCUUCUAAAAUUAGUAUCCACAUUCUUUGCAGAGACUUUAAAAGCAGGAUAAAAAGUCUCCCACUUCUAUCAAGGGAAAUGUGCCGAAAGUUGUAAAAUCCAGCUGCGCUCCCCAGAAGUACCCAUGACUUAGCUGAAGGACCCAAGCUAGGCAGUUUUGAGAAUCUCUUUUUUUAGUGGUUGAUCAUUGGUUGCAUCGUUGUUUCAUUUUAGAUUGUCAAACUGAGGAGGUUGCAAGGGUUCAUAGAAUUUUUUUCACUUAACUUGGCUUUAAGUUUAGAGUUGGGUUUUCUUGCUUCCUUUUGUUUUAUGCUCUGAACUAGAUAGUUGGAGAUUUAUGGACAUGCUGGAUAAGAAUACUCUUUGUUCUAUGACAUUUGUAGAACAUCAAUAUAAUGGAACAACCCCUGACUAAAUUCUAACACCAAGGAAAUUAUUUUUGUUGACGUAAUAACCACUGCACUGAAGUCCAAAACUCUACUGUACCUUAAUGCGGGCAGUUAAAGAAACAAAUGGGGAUAAAACAAAAUGUUUCUGAACUGUCCCUUGAAGACAUUUGCAUGUGCCUUUCCCUUGUAAUUGUCAUUUUCUUCAACUAGUUAUCUAUUGCCCCUGCAGUCAUUUCAUGUUAAAUGUUAAAAUCAGUGUUAGAAGCAAAAAUUCACCUAAGUUCUAGACAUUUUCAGCUGAUUUCUUCAUAUUAAAUUACACAAUAAAAAAAUAAUCUCCAAAAACACCACCCUAGAAAACAUGUAGUUUUAGGAUUAAUUAUGAGUUGCUGUAUUCCCCUAUUCCCUCGGAAUGACUCUAAGAAGUGAUUGCCGUUAGUGCACUGCAAGGAUUUGUGAGCAGAAAUGUGCUUAGUUAUCUAUGUGAAUGUGUGCUGGUGAUGGAAAUCACCGCUUGCUGUUGCUGAGCACCACCUUGCAGAGCUGUCAGCAUUCUGUGUGUUGCCUUGAGUUCAGUCAGUAUUCAGUUUUUCAGAAUCAGUGUUUGUUCCCUGCCUCUAGCAAUGUUCUACUUUUUGCAGCCUACUUAUUUCAGCAUGGACUUAACAAGGCAUAUGGCACCUCUUAACAGAAGUGAGGACAGCAAGACCCAGAGACGAUUUUCUCUUGCUCCACAUAGUCUCCUUCUUAUGUAUUUGUGGGACACAUACUAACUGAGGCUCUUUUGGGUGAAUAAGGAAUACAGUGUCAAAGUCAGACCCAGACAAGCACCUUUUUGGCAAUUAUUUUAAGAACAAUGGCUGAAUGCUUACCCUGCCUCUUGAAGGAGUCAAUUCUCUGCUAGAGAUCAAGGAAGUGCACCACAAUUUAUUUUACUGCAGGGGAGAAAAAGGACUGGGCUGUGAGAAGGCAUCUGACCCACAUGGCUCCCCUAUCACAUAUUCAGAAACAGGUUGGUAGUGCAUACCUGAAAGAGGAAUCAAAGAUUUUAACCUACCUCUGACUUGCAUACUGGCUGGUCGCCAUGCUGACACUAGCCUGAAUUUACCGGGUAGCCAGUGCAACAAAACUCUGAGGAGCAGCAAUAGUUCUGCAGAAAAGGAGAAAACUGAAAAUGUCCAAACCAGCAAAGGAACUUGAGAAAACAGGUACCAAAUUAUCCUUGUCAAUAACUCCUGUGGGAGCAAUGCCCAGCCUCUCUCAAAUAUGUUUUGAAGUCCACUUACACAGAUCAGUAUGAAGAUAAGAACAGAUGAAUGUACAAUUGUUUACAGAAUCACAGUGAAUCACAGGAUCAUUUAGGUUGGAAAAGACCUUCAAGAUCAUCAAGUCCGACCUUUGACUGAUCACCACCCUGACAACUAGACCAUAACACUACAUGUCGCACCCAGUCAUUUCAUGAACAACCCCAUGGAUAGUGUCUCUACCACCUCCCUGGGCAGUCCAUUUCGAUGCUUAAACACCCUUUUAGUGAAGAAAUUCUUCCUGAUAUCCAACUUGAAUCUCUUCUGGUGCAGCUUGGGGCUAUGUCUUCUCCUCCUGUCACUGGUUGCCUGGGAGAAGAGGCCGACCCUCACCUGGCUACAACCUCCUCCAAGGGAGUUGUAGGGAGUGAUAAGUUUCCCCUGAGCCUCCUUUUCUCCAGACUGAACACCUUCAGUUUCCUCAGCUACUCCUCAUAGGACUUACACUGUAAGUCUCUCCUAGCUCUGACUCUCCCCUAGCUCUGUUGACCUUCUCUGGACACAUUCCGGCACCUCGAUGUCCUUCUUGUAGUGAGUGGCACAGAACUGGACACAGGACUUGAGGUGACCUCGCCAGUGCCAAGUACAGGGGGACAAUCAUUGUCCUGCUCCUGCUGGCCACACUAUCACUGAUACAGACCAGGACACCACUGGCCUUCUUGGCCACCUGGGCACACACUGGCUCAUGGUCAGCUGCUGUCAGCCAGCACUCCCUGGUCUUCUGCUGGGCCACCGUCCAGCCACUCCAUCCUCAGCCUGUAGCGCUGCAUGAGGUUGUUGUAACCCAAGGGCAGGAUCCAGUGCUUGGCCAUUUUGAACGUCAUUUCAUUGGCCUUGAACUAUUAAUCCAGCCCAUCCAGAUGCCUCUGCAGAACUGUCCUGCCCUCCAGCAGAUCAGCACUCACAUCUAACUUGGUGUCACCUGAAAACUUAACUGAGGGAGCACUCCAGAUCAUUGAUAAAGAUAUUAAACCAGAUUGGGCCCAAUCCUGAGACUGGGAACACAACCAGUGACCAGAAACCAACAGGUUGUGGCAGCAUUCACCUCUCUUUGGGCCUUAAGAACUUCAAACAGUUUUUAAUCUAGCCCUUUUCCAAGCCAGUUAAACUUUCCUUGAGUUAAACAGAACAUUAAAGCAAUGUAUACAGAAAGGAGUUUUUUGCUAUGAUUUGCAAAAAAUCAGUUGCAAGCAGCACCCCACCUCAGCCUUAUUUUUAAGUUUUGAGCUGGUUCUCUGUUUUUUGUCCCUUCUUCUUUCUUCUUAACUUUGCAACUUGCUUUGCAGAAAGGCUUUGUCCGUUAAAACAUAAUGUUAGAUUCAGACUGGGAAGCUGCUUUUACCCUCUGUACUCACCUCAUCAUACAUUCACACAUGCUUCUAAGUGCCAGCACAGGCAAUAGCUCCUGAUACAACUGAACAGGAGACACCAAGGCCCCUAGAGAACUGCUGAUGUCACUGGACAUUUUUAAACUAAACUUCAUUUCAGCUGGCUUCAUUAUCAUACUGCCAUUCAAGGUUUCCUUUAUUUACUUGAAUCUUUUUUUUCCUUAUUUGCUUAAUCUUGAUUUUGCAUCACCUAUGACAACAACAAUUAUAACACCAUGAAGAAAAUUAAGAAAUAUUAUACAUUACAUCCUCAGCACAACAAAUUGUAAUUUAGACAGAUGAGACACCAUAAGAAGUCAGCAUUAAUAUUUAAUAGAAAGUCAUAUCUAAACUUUGUAAUAGAAGAAAAACCUGGCAAGGAGUUUACUGAGGUAUGUAGGCCAUGUUGCAACUGAAUCACAUCUAAGAGGUGAAACAGACUUUUAUACACCAUGCCUGGAUAUCUGUUUUUGACAUUAGACUUUCCCAGAAAGACUCUCAGGAUGUGUGAAUGCCAGAUAUUAACCCAUGAAAAGACAAAGCAUUGGCUGGAAAUCCAGGUGAGCAAGCAAUUUCUGGCUACCCAAGGACAACAGCAGCUUCCAGCAAGGAUAGACAAGAAACUAUGAUCGUGCAGUUAUUUUGCCUUAUUCACUACUGCAUCCUGUGACAAUACAGUCCAUUAGCCACCAAUAAAAUGCACAAUCCCUACUCAUUUUUCUUCACAGGAGGCAACAUUUGCAUAAUAAGCUACAGUCUGUUCCACCUCCACUUAAAGCUGUGAAACAUCCAGCAAGAAGUGAGGAAGAGGAAGCCCCUUCUGAUCAGUUUGCUAAUAAGCUUUUACCAUUGAAUGGUCCUAGUCUGCCUGGGGCUAUCAUGAUGACUGUUUGUCCAUUCCCGUCCUCUGCUGACCAUGUGGCUUGCCGUAGGGUAGCAGGGAAAAUAACACACAGUCAAGUUGUCCCUCCUCACUGAACUGUCUGUGAUGAGCAGCACAGCAAUAGUGUCUUAGAAAUCUCGAUCUGCUGCAGAUGAUCCAUGGUUUUCCCAUAAAACCACAUGUGAGAAAAAAUUGGAUACAUGCUUUCUGAUCUUCUUUCAGUAUCCUGUAUGAUUGACUGCUCUUUGUGCUAGAAAGAACCAGGAAAGAAGAACUAAAAGCUCUCAUCCAGUAAUUUAAAACUCAGUUGUGUCUGAAGGAGUUAACAUCUUUAGAAAAGUCAAAGGACCUGAUUGCUGGAGAAUGUUUCAAGAAAUGAAUGAGAUUUUUCAAGUUAGCCAAGCAAUUUGGAUGCCCUGUUCUUAUUAUCUGUAAUAAGAAUUAAAAUCUCAAUUUUCCUUGGUAGCUUAGAAGAAUCACAGUUAGUUCAGAGACACAUGCUCCUUUUGUCUGUCUCCUAGCUCUGCUCAAUUCCCUUUUUGAUUUCAAAUGACUGUGAUGCCAAAGGAAGAUCUAUGGAUUAAGUUAAGUUUCAUUGAAUGUUCACAUGGCUUUUGGAAUCUAAAUCUUAAAGCAGGAUCCUAAACCUUCUUCAAGCCAAAAAUAAAAGUAAAAAAGAAAGAAAAAGCUUGAGUAAACCUCCUCCUGCAAAUUAAAUAAAUCAAAUUUUGUGAGAAUCCUGCUACUAAGAUAACUACAUGUGAAAAGCCAUCCACAGGAAUUUUUGGGGUUUGGGGGAUUUUUGUUUUGUUUUGCUCUGCUUUGUUUUACCUUUUUCACUAGAAGCAGGUGGUUGGGUAUAAGACCAGCUGGAAAUAAAAAAUCUGUAUUUAUAGCAUCAGCAGAAUGAGGAAAGAGAUGGCAUAGUCAAUAAAAUGCUCUAUGUUAUUUCAGCUUAAAUUGAAAGAUGUUUUCAUAUUAAAAUAGGUUAUAGAUACAUACAAAAGGACAGACUUUUGCCUCAUAAUUUGAUUUUCUGUAUUUAUUCAACUGUACCAAAAUUGUCAUGAAGUAGAACUGCUGCAGUAAGAGACUGAAAACAGAUUUUCUACUGUAGUUAGACAAUAUAAAUCAGGAGAAAUCCUCUUGACACCAUUCUGUUGGUCCUGGUUACACUAGAAAUUUGAUAAAUCAAUCUAUGUUUUUUGCUUUCUACUAAGCAGGCUGUAGUGGACAAUAAGCAGAACUUAUAUUUUAAUUAUUUCUCAUCUUGUGGCAUCUUGUGCCUUUUAUUCUGGAUUGCUUUAAUAUUUACACUGCUAGCACAGCUGCAGAACAUGAAUAUAUACAUUCUGGGAAGAAAUGGAUAAAAGGAAAAUGGAAAUCUCUGACCUUGAAGAAGUCUGCCUAUUUCUACUCAUGGCAUUUGCAAGUCAGAAACAUCACCUGCUCACACUUAAAGCCAAGAACAAUGGCUUUAUAGCAUUGUGCAUAGGCAGCUGCACAAGCAUCUCUGAAGAUGGUGGUCAACUUGUACACAUAUUAGUAAUUUUGGUCUUUCAGAAAACAAAAUAUUAUUGCUUCUUAAAGAAUUCAUUUAUGUCAUUUUGAUACUAAAAGCAAACACUUUGGCUUCAUUACACUGGGCACUGUAUAAGUAGGAAGUAAAUUAUAACACUGAUCUGUUGAGCUUACAGCCAUAUAGUAGGAAGUUGGCUUUUGAGCAAGUACACAUGAUAACAAGUCUCUCAUUGUUUGUUGAGGGAAUGCCAUAGUGCAGAUAUAUUAAAAUAUCAUCACACUGAAAUCUGUUUGCAAGCACAUGUAGUUCAUAUGUACAUGUUUGUGUGUGAAAAAAAUAGUUAUAUUUGUUUUGUUCCUUUCUUAUUUCAAGUAUUAAAUGUAUAUUGUUUUUAAAAAGUGACAAGUUUAACAUGAAAAAUUGUGCUGUAAUUUAUUUUGAUAUAUAUGAUCAUGAGUAUGGAUGGGAAAUGAAACAGCCUUGCUGUCAUGAUCCAUGAAGCACAUGACAAUUCAGGUUUGUCCGUAAGUUUGCUUCAUGUUUGAGCAAAAUAUGCAAAUAUAAUGGAAAAAAAAACAUAAAAACAAAAAAAACCAAAAAAAAAAAGAGCUUUGUUGUCGAGACAGUUGUCCUGAAUGUCAUUUUAAAAGUUACUUUAGGGUUUAUGUCAUGAUGUGUGUCAUACUUAUCCACAAUGAAACCCAAAUAAAUAAUUCCAUGGAGUGGCAAAA